GUCACAUGUCCCGGCGCGGUUGCCCGGUAACGUGUCGUACACACAGCGGGGCGGCCGCCGGCCAUGGCGGCAGGGCUGGGGCUGCCGCGUCGGAGGCGGCGGGUGGAGUCAUCACACAGAUUUGAAGAAAAUAACAUUCCAGAGGGAUGUUUUCUUCCAAGCAAUGUAGAUCUCCGUCAGGUAGUUGUGUUGCCAAGAGCAGAGUGGGAAAGGAUGCAGGACAGCCUUGCCAGCGUGAGCAAAGAGGUGGCGUGUAUCCUCGCCGAGAGGAAAGAACAACAAGAAUUGCACCUACGCUCCAAAGCAGCUGUCAAAGAUUGGACCAAUACCAUUAUGGGCCAGGCCCAAAGGAAACUGAAAGCUAGAAAGCUACGUGAAGAAAAGCAAGAGGAAGAAAGAAAGUUAAUUGAUUUGGAAGAAGCAAAAUUCCAAGCAGCAAAAUGGAAGGAGGCCAUCGAAAAAGCAAAAACUUAUCUGUACCACCAGAAUGAAAGAGUGAAAGGGUUGCAUAGCGCUCUUCUACUUGCUGAGGUCCUAAAGGAAAGGGAUGCUCAAAUUGAGUUUAAAAAGUUAAAGUCAGAUGGUAGCAAAAAGAUUGAAGAAGAAAUGGAACGUAGACGUAAAGAAGCUAUUCUCAGAGAGGAAGAAAAGGUAAAACAACGUCUCAUGAAUCGACUGGCACUAAGCAGAGAUCAGCUGCAACAAAUAGAGGAGCACAAGCGUCAAGCAGAACUUGCCAAGCUGGAAGACAAAAGAGAAGGAGAAGAAGUACAGAGACAGAUCCAAUUAUACCAAUUAGAACUUCUGAGAAAGAUGGAAAAGGAACAGGAGAAAAGAGCUGAAAACCAGAGGCUGUAUAAUGAAUACAUAGAUGACCAGAAAAUAAUCAAAGCAGUGGAGGAACAAAAACAAAUGGAAGAGGAUGAUCGGAUUAGAGCUCAUUAUAAAGGCAAGCAAACUAUUGCCAAGCUGAUGAAAGAGAAAGAAGCUGAAAUGCGUAGAAUAAAACAGGAACGCCAGGAUAAAAUUGUUAGUCAAUUAGCUGCCCAAAUGAAUGUAGCACUGAAGAUGGAAGAUGAGCGUCUUGCUAGAGACAUUGCAAGAAAAGAAGCUGCGUAUGAAAAAGAACAGAAAGAGAAAGAAGCAAAAAAAAAGGCUGCCAUUGAAUCUAUUGCUGAAUAUAGAGCCACUGUGGUGAAGAGGAAAUUGGAGAAGGAGAGAGAGGAAAAAGCAGAAAGUAAAAAAGAACUUCAAUCAUUUGUGGAAAAGAACCAGAUCUAUCUACAAACAGAAAAAGCCAAGAAACAAAGACAACGUGAUGCAAGCAUAGAAGUACAGAAAUUUCAGAUCCAGCAAAUGGCAGAAAAGAAGGCAAAAAUACAGCAGGAGAAGCAAGCAGACUUGGACUACGAUAUUGAGACAGAGCUUAUUGCGCUCCAUAGAGAACAAGAAUUUCAGAAGUAUGCAAAGCAAGUAAUUGAAUCAGAGUCCAAGACUACACAUCAUCUCUAUCCUCUCCUGAAAGCUUCCAAAGAAAUAAUAGGAUUUGGAGGUAGCCCAUUUUCCAUAGAAAGUGAAGGAACAAAUCCAGGUUUUCAAGCACAGGAUGCUGCUGAGACCCAGUUACCUUGUUGUAGCAAGACUACUGCUGAAGAAGUUUAACCUAUGAACGAACACUGAGACUAUCCAGCAAGGAAAGGCAAAAGUAGUUUUUAUGUGGUUAAAAACAAAAAACAACCAACUUCUGGAACCUUGAAUCUUCCAUCAAAACUGUAAAUGGAUCUACAUUAAAUUUGUGCUAUGAAUCUGAAAGUCCCUUUGAAAAAAAUAAAUUCUGUAGAAUUAAGUAUGUUCUAAAAAAAA